CGAGCGGGCGCGGCGGCGCUCGCGGUCCCGGUAACGGCGGAUCGGGGACGGGUCCGCGCACGGUGAGCGGCGGGGACGGGCGGGCCCGCACCGGCACCGGCACCGGCACCGGCACCGGGCCUGGGCACGGGGGCUGCCCUCGGUGUGGGAUCCAUGGCAGGAGCCUUCCGCAUCGGGGACCAGCUCAUUCUGGAAGAGGAAAACAAUGAAUCCUACGUUCCUAAGGAGCAAGAAAUCCGGCAUUUUGCACCGACCAUCGGGAUCGACCCCGACACGGAGUCGGAGCUGCUGUGGCUGGCCAGGGAGUGCCUGGUGACCCCCCUGCCCCCGGAGUGGAAGGCCUGCCAGGAUAUUGGGGGCGGUGACAUCUAUUACUUCAACUUUGAAAAUGGCCAGUCCAUGUGGGAGCACCCCUGUGAUGAGCACUACAGGCAGCUGGUCAUCCAGGAGAGGGAGAAACUGCUGGCACGGGGAGGCUUGAAGAAGGAAAAGAAGGAGAAAAAAAAGAAGGAAAAGAAGGACAAGAAAGAGAAGAAGGAGAAGAAAGAGAAGAAGAAGGACAAGAAGGAGAAGCAGUUCCUGAAGCAGCUCCCUCCCCCAGGCUCCCAGCUGGCGCCCAUCCAGCCUCCCCUGGGUGCUCUCUCUCCUCUCCGUGGCCUCCCCCCGCCCUCCUCCAUCGCCCUCCGAGGGUCCCUGAACCUGGACCUGGGGAACGUGGUGGACUCCAGCCUCCUCCCCAAGGAAGGAAAUCGGCCUGCAGAAAUCUUGAAGCCCACCAGCCACACCAAGAACCUGCUGGAUUUGAUCUGUGAAGAGAAAAGUUCUGUGAAUGUGGCAGCACCAGAGAAAUGGAGAAAUGAAGAGGAAGAAAGCGAAAAUGAGAGUUUUCCUGGGAUCACAAGACUGUCAAAAAAUGUGUACCUGGAUGUGGAAGCCCUGGCAGGCAGCUUUGACUUUGAGCUUUCAAAGGCAUCCGGGGUCAGCAGCUGUGAGCAGGAUUUGCCUGUCUCCAAGAGCUCCAACCAUGAGCUGGUUCAGCCUGUGGGCUUGGACAUCAAGGGGCAGCUCUCUGAGGAGGUUCUGGAUGUGGGGACUGAAUCUCCUGAUUUGGACAGCCCCAAGUGCAAGGCCCAGGAGCUGGAAGAGGAGGGAAAAGACCAAGGCAAAUCCAGUGUAGAGGAAGAGCAGAGGAAAAGAGCAGAAGCUGCUGAGAGGCAACCUGAGGAGGAAAUCGAGCAGUCCUUGAACCAUCCUAAUGAUGAAUCCCUGGAGGAAAUAGUCAAGGAGGUGGAGACAGAGCCGGAGCAAGAGGAAAUACAUUUAUUUCAAGCAAAGGAGGAGAAAAUUCAGCAAUUCCAGGAGGAGAUGAGGCAGAGGGAGGAGGAGGAGGAAGCUGAAAAGCUUCAUCAGCAAAAAGAAAAACCCCUCAGCACUCCAGAAGAAGAUUUGGCGAAAUCCGAGCAGGAAGAGACAGAGUUGCUUGUCAGAGAGGAAAAAGCCAAGAGACUGGAGAAGCUGCGAGCCCAAAUCGCCUCGGAGGUGGAGGCAGAGGAGGAGAGGAUGAGGGCAGAGCAGGAGGCCACGCUGCAGAGGCUCAGGGAGGAGUGGGAAUCCCAGCAGCAGGUGGAGAGGGAGAGCCUGCAGAGGAAGCAGCAGCUGGCCUUGGAGGAGAUGAAGGUGGCAGUGGAGGAAGCCCGGCAGAAGGAGAUGAGCGAGCUGGAGCGAGAGAAGGAGCAGUUCCUGAGCGAGCUCAGGGAGAGGCUGCACAGGGAGAAGAGGAAGGCAGCAGAGGCGCUGGAAGAACAGUUUGCCAGGGAACUCCAGCAGCUGAAGUCUGCAGCAGAAGAGAAGCACCAUGAGGUCAUUUCCAGCCUGCAGGCCCAGCUGGCAGAGGCACAGAGCAGCCAGGAGGCCCAGCUGCGUGAGGAGCUGCAGAGAGCAGAUCAGACAGUGCAGCAAAAAGCCCUUAAAGUGAGGGAAUACGAGCGGGAGCUGAGCGAGCUGAUGAGCGACAAACGCCGGGAAGUGGAGAAGGAGCACGAGAGGAGGAUGGAGAGGAUGAGGGAGGAGCACCGGGAGGCGCUGGCGCGGAUCCAGGAGGAGUACCAGGAGGAGGAGCGGAGGCAGAGGGCAGAGCUGCUGGAGGGGCUGCGGAGCGAGGCCGCGCGCCUGCGGCAGCGCCACGACGCUGACGUGAAGGGGCUGCAGGCAGAGCUGGAGGGGAGGCUGAGUGCCCUGCAGCAGAGGCACAGGGACAAGGAAAGAAAGCUCCAGGAUUCAGAGAACGAGCUUGAAAUCCGCAUGAAGAACAUCCAGGCCAGGUCAGAGCAGCUGCUCAGCCAGGAGGAGUCCCUGCAGAGGAGGAGGCAGCUGCUGCUGGAUGAGGAGGGACGGAUGCAGCUCGAAAGAGACGAAGCUGCUCUUGCCUCCCAGCUGAGCCUGGAGGAGAGGAGGAAGGAGCACUGCAGCCUCCUGGAGUCCCUCCGGCAGCUUCGGAGGAGCCUGGGGGAGCUGCAGGACCAGAAGGCCGAGCUGGAGGCGCAGGUGGAGCUGCUGCAGAGCCGCAGCCAGAGGCUGCACAAGCGCAUCGGAGAGCUGGAGGAAGCAAUCAGGAGCAAGCAGGAGGCUCUGAAAGAACUAGAGGCAGGAGAAAGUGUGGAAUCUCCAAGAAAGAAAGCUGAGCUCCGUGUUGAAGACCUGAGAGGAACUCCUCAAGCUCACUCCCAGUCCAGAGAGCCUUCCCCGGCCUCUCAGAGCCCCGAGGAGGACGAGCUGCACUUUGAUCGGGUCCGGAGCUACCUCUCAGCCGAGGGGCAGUCCCUGCGGAGCGCCAAGGAAUUCCUGCGGCGCCAGGGCCGCUCCCUGCGCCAGCGGCGCUCGGCGCUCAGGGCUGCCAGCCUGCAGUGGCACCAGGACCUGCACAGGGCCCAGGGCGCCGUGCAGGACCCCAACAGCUCCCAGCUCCUGCAGGGAAUGCACAGGAACCUGGAGGAGGCAGCAAAGGAGCUGGACAAGAUGAAGUCGGCCAUGGAGAAAGGAGAGGUGCUGCUGAAGAAGAAGGAGGAGAAGCUCAGCCAGCUGGAGUCCUCGCUGCUGGAGGAGCUCUCAGAGGAAGAUACACUGAAGAGUUCUGUGUGCAAGAAGGUGGUGACUUUUGAUCUGAGCACCUCUGAGGACACAAACAGCAUGUGCAGUGUGAAUCUGGGCCAGUCUAGACUUGACUUGAGAACGGAUUUCUGGCCUGUCCUCCAGCAGGACAAGAUCCAGCACCUGAGGGACUCAGUGCAGAGCAUCACCAGUGAGCUCAACGGGGUGCUGGGGCUGCUGGACUCCAUGAGCCACCAGCAGCCUCCCCUCCUCACCUCCACACUCUACGAGAGCUUCCCUCUCCCCUCAUACCCCUCCUUGGGAGGCCGGGGGGGCAGCAACCCCCCCAGGGUGUCCCCCCUGGACCAGUGGGCCCGGAGCAACGGGCUCAGCUCAGGGCAGUCAGUGGACAACAUGCUGGCAGAGAAAUGGCACAGGUAUUUCCCAGGUGGCUUCUCAUCGCUCAGUGGGAGUCCUGGGCCUCUGGUCAGCAGGCUGGGAUAUGCCCCUGCAGAUGAACAAAUCCGGCUCUUCCAGCACUCCAAGUUCAGCGAGCCGGAGAAGAAGAAUAUUGAGGGGAUGAUUGAGAGCAACAAGAAAUGGCUGAAAGACUUCAAGAAGGAUUCCAAACUACCUCUCUCCCCACGGGCACAGAAGCCCCCAGGCAGCAGCCCCAGCCUCCUGCAGCUGGGCCUGGAUGAAAACAGAGAGAUCAAGGUGUACCACUACUGAAAGCUGCCGAGGCUCCGGCCCGCUCUGGCUGACGAGGACGCUGCACUUCAAGGGAGCCCAUCUGUGAGAAAGCAUCUUCAAAGCCCCUCUCCUGAGACAGCUGCUGGGGGAGGCUGUGGAGCUGCUGCCUCACACCCCCCGUGCUGUGUGAGCCCCUGGGUGGGGGAGGCAGAGCCCCCCUGCUCUGCUCCCUGGCUGCAGGGUGCUGGCACACCCAUCAGCCUGGCACGGGGAUGUUUACAUGCAAAUAGAAAUAUAUUUUUGAUGAACAUCAUUUUAAAACUCUGAAGAAUGUAUGUAUUUUAUUUUUGUUUGCUGUUUUUCUAGAGUUUUUGUAAUUAUUCGACCAGCCUUAUUCCUUCCUAGGAAAGGAGGGAUCAGAACACGGGUAUCCCAUCUGCUGUUGGAGGGCACAAACCCCCUCCUGUAGGGAUUUUGCUUUUAGUUUACUGAACACUCAGAGGACACAUGGCAAUCCUUCCAGUCAGGGACUUUAGAAGGGACCCCACAGUUGUGAUUGCUGUGGCCAAAGCCAUAUCACUGAGUCCAUUCUGUGUUUUGGGAGAAGCAUGCAUUAGCAGUGCAGGGAAAUGCCAGGUUUUUUAACAAUAACUUGGUUUGAAACAUGCUCCUUUUUCCUGUUAAAACCUGGGACAGCAGCUGUAUCUGGUUUUGUAUAAAUUAAAUCAACAUGAGCCUGUUUUGUA